CCCCUUUAAACGCAGCGGAGUGACGUCAUCGCUUUGUUUGUCCGCCGCUGUGUUCAGACUGAGACCAGAACGGACCAGAACGGACCGGAACCAGAGCCCAGAACCCGCAGAGAACCUGAACCCAGAGCCUCCAGACCGUCUGUGAGCCGCCGUCUGUAGCUGAGCAGCAACUGACAGAGAUGCCGUCCGACAGACCCUUCAAGCAGAGGAGGACGUUCGCGGACCGAUGCAAAGAGGUCCAGCAGAUCCGUGAUCAGCAUCCCAACAAGAUCCCUGUGAUCAUCGAGAGAUAUAAGGGAGAGAAGCAGCUGCCCGUUUUGGACAAAACCAAGUUCCUGGUACCGGACCACGUCAACAUGAGUGAGCUGGUCAAGAUCAUCAGGCGUCGGCUGCAGCUGAACCCCACGCAGGCCUUCUUCCUGCUGGUCAACCAGCACAGCAUGGUCUCCGUGUCCACGCCCAUCUCUGAGAUCUACGAGCAGGAGCGAGACGAGGACGGCUUCCUCUACAUGGUCUACGCCUCCCAGGAGACCUUCGGCUGCUAGGGAGGGAAAAGGGGGAGGGAGGGGCAUCUUCAGGUGCUGGGAGGACGGGGGGGGAGAGGAGGGAGAAGGGGAGAAAGAGAGAGAGAGUCGGUGGACCAAACUCCACCAUCCUCUCCGCUGUGUUGCAUUGCAGGCCAGCGUAGCAGCUCCCUGUCAGUCAGAGAUCAUGUGACCUCCCCCUCGUCUCCCCCUCUCUCUCCCCACCCCCCGCCGUCGUCGUCCAGCACCCUCUUCUCAUUGGUCAGUACAACACUAGCGACAAACGCCAGAGGACGUCCCGUGUGUCUCUCCUGUCCUCUCAGUUAGAAGUCAGACUCAUACCCGCAAGUGUUUCUAGUUUGAUUUCCUCUCUUCUUCUGGUCCCACGCAGACUCUUAUUUUGAAAAGGUGGGAUAAACCAACCGAUGGAGUUUGAAACCGGCGAGUUAAAAAUACAUUAUACAAACAUAUGUGUGCGUUUAAGAGCUAAACUUGAAUCCAGGUCAGCCAGUCAGGAGUCCAGGGUGUCAUUUGAAGCUGGUGCUGAUGAUGUCACUGAUGCUGGUGAGGUUCAGACGUCCCCAGUGACCUGCUGUCGCUCUGUGUUCUCCUCCUCGCAACAGCAGUAGUACAAGCUAGAAGAUAGGUCUGUAGUUUAUGUUGUUUUUAACUUUUUUAACUCACAUUUUAGUUUUUUGUUUUUUUUAAUUGUCCUCUUUUAACUGUAGUUUGUUAUGUAGCUAGUUCUUCUGUUACCGUUAGCCUGAAGCUAGCUCGCCAGACGAGUAGCUGACAAUCUGUAAUACUCAAUAACAGUAAUUUUACAUGUGCAAUAUUAACCCCCCCCCCUUACACAACCUUGCACACUACUCCACUCCCCCCCUCCCUAUAAAGUAACUGAACCACCCCGUCACAGAAGGGAAUUUAGCAUCACUAACCUCACGCUGCUACAGGUCGACAGCAUGCUAAUAGACUGAAGUGUUUUUACCCCGUAAGCACAAAUCACCUGUAGUAUCACUGCUCACCUGUCGUCUGCUACAUUUAGCCACGCCUACAUUUCAUGUCAUAAACCAAUCAGUUGAAGCCGAUUUUAGACCGCUGAAAGUUAAAUGCCUGCUUGGUUUUCUUAAAGGGCCAGUGUGUUGGAUUUAGUGGGAUCAUAGGAACUAUAUUUUCAUUUGAUUAUGAUCACCUGAAAAUAAGAAUCGUUAGUGUUUUUGCAGAAUGAGAAUGAGAGUGUCCUCUUCAAAGAGUCCUCCAUGUUUCUACGGGAGCCCAGAACGGACAAACCAAACACCACUGGUGCUUUUAGUGUUUUUACUUUACUUCAAGGCCACCGUAGUUCUCUUCACGCUGAGAAAGACACUGUUAUCCUGAUAGAUGCAGGAUUCAUAUGUUAAUGGGAAACCUUGAAAAGUCAUGGAGUCAUAAAUUAGCAAUUUCAAAACCUGGAGGUGUUUUGCAAAAGUGAAAACCCAGAAAGUUUUCAUAAAUCCGUUUGUAAAAUAGAGAACAUGUGGUUCAGUUUAGAUUCACUGAGAAACAUCUACAUUGGUUAAAUAAUACUUUAAUGUUCACGUCAGUUACUUCACUGAACGUUGCUUUGUUUUCUUAUUUUUCAUUUUCAAAUGAAAAAUUUCCCUCAAAGUCUUGUUGGAAAAAAAUGAGUUUGAAUCCACUAAAUCCUUCGCACUGGCCCUUUUAAGAGUAACAAUAAAAAACACAAACAUGUAAGAUAUGAUAAUUAUUAGGAGACAAGCAGCCAUCUGGCUUGAAGCUGACACUGUUGGUGAGGAUCAUUAGCAACAGGAGGAGACGAUUAAGGAUCCGUUCAGCAGACGUGGAGCUCGCAAUGAAACGGCAAUAAAUGAAACUGACAUGAGCUGACAGGAAGUGAUCAAAUCCCAGUGAAGUUGAUCUUCUGUCGUUUGUCCCCGUGACGACGCCGUCUCCUCCUCGUGUCGCACAGCUUGUAAUAAAAACGCCACGCGUGUUUCCCGGUAGCGUAGACGAACAUCAGACAUAACAAAAUGUAUUUAAUGUUGAAAAUGAAUGAGCUUCUUUUGCACAUAAAUUAAUACAAAUAUAAAAAAAGAGAGUUGGCAUAGAUUUUUGUUUUUUAGGGAUAUUUACUGUAUAUCUAUAUAACGAUCUUUUUUUGUAUGGGCUCCUCUGCUCUCUGUGUGUCCGUCUGUCGGCCUUUGUUUGAUGAGACUUUAUAGACACAAAAGGUUGUGAAGCACUACAAACCUUGCAUGUUUUAACCUUUCUUUUUUUUUUUU